AUACCACAGGUGCGUUAUUUCAUGAUAUUUGUUUGGGUUGUUGUCCAUCUGGUUGUUCCACUCAUGGGCAUCGUGCCGCAGCAGUAGAAGGAAUAAUUAGACUUCUAUUACCUUGCACGUACAACUUUCGCUUCUCUGCUUUCCACACUUUCGCUCUUGCCGGCUGGGAUAAGAAUUUGGAAAAGAUGGCGAACAAGAUGGACCAGGGCAUCGUGGCUCUGUUCAACCGCGAAAAGACGCAGUAUCCGCACCAUUCUGCCGCAAGGAAGAGCCCGUCGGAGUGGCAAAAGGACAUCAUGAGCAAGGUGCGAAAGUUGGAUUCCCAGAAGAUUAACAUGAUCGGGCCGAAGCAUGGCAGCCUUCUCAACCUGGCCGCGAAGCACAACUUUCCGGAGCUGUGUACCUAUCUGCUGGAGACGCGGGCCCAUGACUUCUACGAAUUCGAUGCACGAGACGAGCACGGGCGGACGGCCGUGCAUUCUGCCUGCGCCGGACGGAGCAACGGCACAGAGGUACUUGUGCGCUUGAUGUGGACGAUUCGGGCUCUUGUCCGAGCCAGGGUUCUCAGCUUGCACAGCGUGGACGCCCCGUUGGCUUGUUUGGUUUCGUUGCGCAGUGCUGCCACACAGAUUAGCGAAAGAUAUACUUCCAGUUGCCGAUGAAAGAGGGACUCAUCCAUCAACUGAAUGAUGGCCGCACAAAUGACGAAACUACUAUCCGGAUACGGUACAAAAUCCAAACAAAACAGGUGCACAAGCUGAAUUACCUGGGUGAAAAAGAGCGGCUGGUAAGUGGGGCCGCCCUGGUUCCGUUGUUGAAGAAUAAACACAUGCGAGGGCUGGCGCACUCCAAGUCCAAGUGCAGUAAGAAGGAGGGCACUUAUCCGCUGGCCGACCUCUUUGCGGAAGCGGGCCACGUGUUGCGGCGGCAAAUGACGCAGGAUCAAACUGCGGAAGGAAUACGUCCUUGCUUCGGGUCGUUCCCGUGGAAGCAAUAUGAGAGCACACAACUUCCCCGCCCCCUCAUUUGUCAUGCAAAAGACCAAACUGUAAUCUAAUUGACCUUGACGUUGACCCGUUGCCUUUUGGUGCCGCUUGCGUGACAGAUUCAGGAAGCCGAAACAGCAGUAGAAUCGGUCACCAAUUUGUGGUGCAAAAGCUGCAUCUUUUCCAGAGUCUGUGUUGCUGUGGAUGCCACCCAAAUGAGGGGGAGGGGAAGUAGUUGUGCACUGUCAUAAGCCAUUAGCGGAGAACAGUCCGUUCUUUGCGUUAUGGACGUGGUUCCAAAACGGCCGCGGUCCGGUGCCGACUCCGCUCGAGGUCGCAGAAGAGAUAUUCCGCGACUUAUGCGGCCGCUUCAACUACGAAAAUCCGCGGGCCUUCCGCUACGGUGAGGGGAAAGUAGACUCCGUCAUGUACCCGCUGGCCAGCUGUCUGCUGCAUUCGCUCGACGAGGAAGCGCGCCGCGAAUUGGUCAGCAAGGAUCUGAAGCAGCAAUGCUUCCACUUCUGCCCCGGGCAUUUUCGCAUCAAGAAUGACAUCUUGCAGGUAAGUACAAGACUCAUUGAUUCGCGUUUUCCCGGAAAAUGAGAAGCGCAUCCUCGGUCUAUCCAGGCUGCUUCAUCCUUUUAUACAUAGUACUAACUUAGAAAUGCACAGGAAUUGUAUUGACUUUCAGGUCGCCUACGCUUCGAAGAUAUUGUUGCUGCGCAAGUGGAAGAGGAACAACACUGAGGUUUCUCUGCCGGGAGAAGCCAUUUUACUCGUGAAGGAGUAUUUGGGUUUCGAGAAGGAGGGUCUCGUGCGCGAGGAGAAGCGGCUGCUGCGGCUGAACAAGAAAAAGGAGGAGGAUCGCACCGUGCAGGAACACGCGGAGUUUGAACGCCUCUGCAGUCGGUUGCUGGAUUCCGAAGACGACGUCAUUGCGAAAAAGAAGGAGUUAGUCGGCUUGAUUUUUCCGCUGAAACACGAGCGCCACGGGGGCUACUUCCACCCGCUGCCCGCGCCGGUACCGGAUCGCGUGUUCGAACUCGCCAGGGAACUGUUUGGGGACGAGUGGAUGACGAAGCAGGGAGACUGCUCCAGCUGGUGGUCCGCUCCGAUGCUUCGGGUAAUGGACAAGGAAGUGGAAUGUCCCUCCACAUGGUAUGUACCGACCCGACCGGUGAUCAUGGACGAGAGAGUCCGUAAAAUCCCGGGUGUGCUGGUCCGCAGUUUGCACCAACUGGAAAGUGACCAGAACUCAUUCCAGAAGGCAAGCUACAAAGAGUUUUUGGGUUCCGAUGUUGACGCCGGUCAGCUGUAAGGAACAUUUUCAAAAUAGAGAGCAGCAGUUGACAUUUGUAAGUAGGUAGAUGAAGCGGAGUCACUUCUACAGAACAAGUUUGUUACAACGACCUAUCCAGCCGAGCAGCAAGUUCAACCGGAAAGAGAAAAGAGGGAGUCGCUUUAAAAUCACCGUCGCAGUACUACAAGAAGCAGUGCACAACUUCUCGACAAAUAUCAGCAGUAAGAAAACUUCAAUAAACGCAACUCUGCAGACGGAAAAUGAGCUUUCUUGAUUUACAUCCUUAUUCCGAAUUUUCUGGAUCCAUCUGUUUCUGAUUCAACAGGGCAAAAAA